AGACCGGCCCAGGCGAGCGCAGCGCCGGAGCGGGAGCGGGAGCCGGAGCGGAGCCGGAGCGGGUAAGCAGCAGCAGCAGCAGCAGCAGCAGCCGCGCCUUGGUUCUCUUGGGGAAGCCUCUCCGCCAAGCGGGCGCCCCGGAGCCCCCGCUUCCUCCAGGCUCAGCCCCGGCGCGGGAUUCGAACCGGCAGCCCCAGGAGCCUGGCUGGCCGUCCGGGGAGGCCGGGAUGGCGGGGCUGCUGUUCCUAACAUCCCACCCCUCGGAAGCCACUCUCUUGGUGGGGGUAUCCUGGGUGUCGCGCCUGCUCUGCCCCUUUCUAGCCCCCUCUUAUUCCGCUCCCGCCUCUCUAAAUCAUCUCAAGCUGCAGGGACACUUUUCAUCUCCCCCCCCCCCCCAGGCCGGGACUUAGUACCCUCUGAGCAGGAGGUCUGUCACCUCUUGGGGGGUAGUGCUCCGUGUCCUGCCCUCCCCCCCCCACGCUGGUCUUGCACAGGAUUGGUUUCAGGCAGUGCAUUUCUGUAUGCCCAACGAUCUGGGGGGGGGGGGAGGGAGGGUCUCCUCUAAAGCAGCAGUCGCUCUCCUUGGGCAAGAGGGCAGAGCCCCUCAAAGCCCCCCAGCAAGGACUGGUCAGAGACAGGGGCACCGGCUUGGCCUGCCCGACUAGGAGGCGGUUUGGCUGGCUGGCUAGUACAGCCCAAAGAGGGUCCUUCUGGCAGUGGGGAGCUUGUCCUGUGAUGGGGCAGGGAGUUGCUUGGCCUGGUCUGAUCCUCCCCAUAAUUGGGGUGCUCUCUGCUCUCCCCUUGAAAGGAUGGAGAGGGGUCUGGGUGUGCUUUCAUCUCCAUUUGAAGCCUGGCUCUUAGAUUCCUAUUGAAGCUCAUUUAGUGUUGUUUUUUAAAUAAAAACUCCUAAAAAGAAAUCAGAGCAAUUUACAACCAUUCUACAGAAAACAAUAUAAACAUGUUAUAAUCAGAGAUCAGCUAGCUAUUGUGGAAAACUGUGUUCCUGUUUGCCUGGUGAGAUAGAACUGUUUUCAGUAGCAUUAUAAAAUCCAAAUGAAGGUGCCUUCUGAAUCUCUAGUGGCAGAGUGUUCCACAGGAUUGGGCUGAAAGGCUCAGUUUUUCAUUGUUGUCAAAUGCUCCUCACCAACUCAGGGAAUAACCAGUGGUGCAGAUGAUCUCAGCGAUGGAGCCAGGAUUGGUCCCUGAGCAAUUUAGGCCUAAAUUGUUCAGGGCAUCGUAACUUAAUAGGAGGACUUUGAACUUGGUUCAGUAGGAGAUGGGGAGCCAAUGCAGCUGUUUUAACAAUGUCCUUGCCCAGAGGCUCCCAUCAGCAAUCUGGCUGCAGCAUUCUGCACCGGGAGCUUCUGAACCAGUCCCCAGGGAAUUGGCGAUGCCUUGUUGCUGAGUAAGAUUGUCUUCCAUAAACACGGUUUUAACAAUGAGUCCUUAAGUGACUGUGGAGGCCAGUUCUGGAUCCACACGUCCUUCCACAGUGGGGACAUUGGUUCCUGGGCGAGAGUUGAUCACGGUGUGGAUUUGCCAAGUGCGCCGUCCUCUUAGCACGUUUCUCCCUUGCAUCCUGAGUUCGAGUGUCUUCAAAGCCCAGGACACCUUUGGUCAAGGCUGUUCUCCAACUGGAGCGCUUGCAGGCCAGUGUUUCCCAAUUGUUGGUGUUUAUACUACAUUUUUAAAGAUUUACCUUGAGACAGUCUUUAAUACUAAUACUAAUACUAAUACUAAUACUAAUACUAAUACUAAUACUAAUUUAUUUAUAUCCCGCCCUCUCCAGCCGAAGCUGUGCUCAGAGCGGCUAAGAACAAUAAAAGUAACACAACCUCUUUUGUUAACCGCCAGCAUUAUGCUUUCCAUUUUUAAGUUUGGAAUAGAGUAGUUGCUUUGGAAGACGAUCAUCAGGCAUCCGCACAACAUGACCAGUCCAACAAAGUUGAUGUUGAAGAAUCAUUGCUUCAACACUGGUGAUCUUUGCUUCUUCCAGUAUACUGGUAUUAGUUCACCUGUCUUCCCAAGUGAUGUGUAGAAUUUUUUGGAGACCCUGUUGAUGGAAUCUUUUGAGGAGUUGGAGAUGGCGUUUAUAAGUGGUCCAUGUUUCAGAAGCAUACAGUAAAAUUGGUAGUACAAUAGCUUUGUAAACAAGCAUUUUGGUUUCCCUGCAAAUGUCCUGGUCCUCUAUCACUCUGCAUGUCAAUUGGGAGAAAGCUGCACUCGCAGAGCUCAGGUGAUGCUGGAUUUCAGAGAGGAGCGUACCCCCACGACACAGGUGCCAGGGGGCCAAGGACCCCUCACUCAGUGCCACUCUCUGGCUACGACCCUGGGGAGACAGACAGAAGUGCUGCCAUAUGGCCCCUCCAAUACCCACCCCACUGAGCUGGUCUCCCUCUCCCUGCCCCUUUCGCAACACAGGUCCUCCAUCAGGGUGACCGAAGCUGUUUCAGUACGGACCCAUGGUUGUGGGUCCAGAUGCCCUGGUCUCAAAUGCAAACAGUUUGUUGGGGUGUGGAGGCUGUGUGAAUUUGUGGCUAUUUGAGGUUGCUGCUUCCUGCAGCCGUCCAGGUGAUUCUUUCCCAGGGAAAUUUUGGAAGGAAAGGAGAGCAGGCAGCCCUUGCUCUAGUUUGGGGACUUAUCCUGAGCCAGACAGCUGCUCCAUGCAACUCAGCAUUGGCUACUCUGACUGGCAGCUGUUCCCUGAGAUUUCGGGCAGGGGAGGUUAUCAGCUUUACUUGCACGCUCCACGGCUGAGCUACGACCCUUGCUGGGUGGGGGGGCGGUGGACUGGAUGACCCUUUGAGUCACUUCCAGCACCACCAUUCUAAGAUUCCCAGCACAUGCCUGUGCACCCUAGGAGACUGGGCUGGGUUUGGGCGGCUUCAGGCUCAGCCCCUCGGGGUUCAGCUAAGCCUUCCUGCUCAGCUUGUGGGGAAGCAGUCUUCCUUCUGGCUUGGCAGGCCUCCUGGGCCAAGGGGGGGGGGCAGUGAGUGGGACUGGCUGCCCAGAGAUCUCUCCUCCUGCACGUUGCAGCGCCUGUGCCAACCCACAAAUAAAGGGGUUGGGAAAUGCCAGGAUGGUCCCGGGCAGGGCAGGCCCAUGUCCCCAUGUGGAGGCCUUGCAGACCCUGGCGGAGUCUGGCUUGGCUCACCUUUUCUUUUUUGGUAAACUUUUAAAAAAUUCAUUUUAUGAUGUGGAUAAAAACAGAGAGAGCAGAUGAAAAUUGAAAGAUGGAAAGUGAAGCUCUUUCCCACACCAUCAUUAGAAGGAGCCUUGGUCCAUUCAGCCCACUGUUAUCUACACUGACUGGCAGCAACGUGCCAUGGUUUCAAACUCAGGUCUGACCUGGGGGGGGGUGGAGUGCCUUCUGCGUGGAAAGCAGGGCCCCCCAGCUCCGUGACCUUUCCCCAAAUCGCUGCUGUUUUCUGCUCUGCUUUGCUUCAUCUGGAGUUCCUCUCUGUGGGAAAGGAGAGUUCCUCUCUGUCUUUCUAAGUCUGUGCUUCGGGAUUUUCUUGGAAACCAGGAGCUGCAGAGCAUUUCCCCAGCAUACAGCACGGAAGGAGAGCUCCCCUCCCAGCCCGGUCUCCUCCUUUCCCGCCCCCCCCAGCAUUAAAUUUAGCAUCCUGGCAGUGAGUUGAUGGGACAGCAAAGGAGAAGGAGCUCCGUGUCUGUGCCCUUGUCUGACCUCAGCGCAGAGUUAACUGUGGAACUCCCUCCUGCAGGAGGCCGGGUGGCCACCAACCUGGAUGGCUUUAAAAGAGGACAGGACAAAUUCAUGGAGGAGGUGUUAGACAAAAAAAAGGUGUUAGAUAACGCCACAUAGGAGGAGAGGUCCGUCAGUGGCUCAUGGUCAUGAUGGCCGCGUGGAACCUCCAGUUCCAAAGGCAGCCUACCCUCGAAUGCCAGCUGCAGUGAAUGGAUGGGGCUUUGGCCCUCCUAGCUGGCCAGCUUUUCUGAAAGCAUGUCUGGCCUGGGUGGAUCCACCUGGCCAGUAGGUUUUCAUUUUCUGAGGUCUUUCUGAGGCACAAUUCCUCCUAAGCCAGCUUCCUGUUUCUGAUGGAAGCAAACUCUCCCUGCCAACGGGACGUUUGGAUUUGAGCAGGAUUUCCUGGGGUGUGAGCUGCUGUUUCCCCCUCUCCCCAAAUUGCCUUGGAGGGGGGCAGAGGACGGGGAGUGUCCUCCUCUUCCUGCCCUCUGUCCAGACCUGGGUUCAACCUCGCUGACCUGCACAGUUCUCUCUCCUCCACACUGGAACAGCGGAGCACAGCUUCUCCUCCAAGUCAAGUCUGCUGCUGCCACGGUGGGGAGGCCUUUGCUAGACUGCCUUUGGGCCUGGAGGCUCCACAAGAGCAGAAGAAGUUCCUCCUAGAUCAGGCCGGGGGGGGGGCAUUAGUCCAGCAUCCUGUUCUCACAGUGGCUCAUGAGAGGCCUGUUAUGAGGAGAUCACAAGCAGGAUCCGAGCCCAAGAGCAAUUCUCCCUUCCUGUGGUUUCCAGCAGCUGCUAUGCGGAAGUCUUGCUGCUUCUGACUGUGGCUCAAUGCCACCCCAGCCCUCUCAUCCACUCCACCUGGUGAACCAGGCUGCCAAAAGUAAUGUGAAUUUUGGGGUCACCCCUGCUACUGCUUUAUUAAGCUACUUUUCUCCUUUUAAACCCCACAUUCCUCCAGUGUGCUCAAGGGAGCCUAUGAGGUCCUCCCAGCCAACCCCAUUCUUAUCCUCACAACAGCCCUGUGAGGUUCCAUUUGUAGCCUAAAGCAGCAGGAGGGUUAGAAGGUGGAUCUGAUAGAUCUCUGGGUGGUGUGCAGAAGGAGCUCUGUCUCUUCACUGUGGAACAGCAGCAGCAACAAAAUGAGACACACACAGAGAGAGAGAUUAUACGGCUGAGAUGAAGGUUUUUGGGUUAGCUGGGAUUUUUGCGUGCCAGGACUGUAGGCUCCCGGACUCAGAAUUCUAAAGGUGCACCUUUUGUGCCAGGUUAGUGGAUCCCCAAAGCCCAAAUUGUGCCCGCUGUCCAGUCUGAAGAGCCUGAAGAUGGCCCCCAGGGCGGCUGUGUGGGUGCUGCUAAGGCAUUCAACGCUGUAAAUCGUAAUGCCCUGUGGACUGUCCUUCUGAAAACUGGUGGCCCAGAUAAAUUUGUGAACAUCCUUCAGCUCCUCCGUGAUAAUAUGACAGCAAAAAUUGCAGAUAACAAUGGCUCUCAAAGUGAACCAUUCACUGUGGGAUCAGGUGUGAAACAGGGAUGUAUUAUUGGCCCAAGCCUAUUUAUUAUUUUCAUUGCCAUGAUCCUACACAUUGUUGAAGGGAAACUCCCCUCCAGGGUAGAAAUCGUAUAUUGAACAGAUGGAAAGCUAUUCAAUCUGAGCAGCCUGAAAGCAAAGAGUAAGGUUACCAUAACUUCCGUCAUAGAGCUUCAGUAUGCUGGUGACAACGUAGUGUGCGCACGCUCAGAGGAUGACCUCCAAACCAUCCUAAAUAUCUUCGCAGAAGCUUAUGAAAAGCUUAGGUCUAUUGCUCAACACCCCCAAAACCAAAGUGCUGCACCAACAAGUACAAAAUAACCCCUCUGCAGUGCCACAAAUCUAAUUCAGUUCUGUAAGACUGGAAAGUGUUGAUCACUUCUCCUACCUGGGCAAUUAUCUUUCCACAUGGACCAACAUUGAUGCCAAAAUCCAGCAUCACCUGAGCUCUGUGAGUUUGGCUUUCUCCCAAUUGAAGUGCAGAGUGUUUGAGACCGGGACAUUCACAGGGAAAUGAAAAUGCUUGUUUACAAAGCUAUUGUACUACCAACCUCACUGUAUGCUUGUGAAACACGGACCACUUAUAAACACCAUCCCCAACUCCUCAAAAGAUUCCAUCAACAGGGUCUCCAAAAAAUUCUACACAUCACUUGGGAAGACAGGUGAACUAAUACCAGUAUACUGGAAGAAGCAAAGAUCACCAGUGUCAAAGCAAUGAUUCUUCAACAUUUGUUGGACUGGUCAUGUUGUUCAGAUGCCUGAUUAUCAUAUUCCAAAGCAACCACUCUAUUCCAAACUUUAAAAUGGAAAGCGUAAUGCUGGUGGUCAACAAAAGAGGUUUAAAGACUCUCUCAAGGCAAAUCUAAAAAAAAAGAAGUAUAAACACCAACAACUGAGAAACACUGGUGCCUGCGAGCGCUCCAGUUGGAGAACAGCCUUGACCAAAGGUGUCCUGGGUUUUGAAGACACUCAAACUCAGGACGCAAGGGAGAAAGGUGCUAUGAGGAAGGCAUGCUUGGCAAAUCACACCAUGAUCAACUCCUGUGUCCCACCAUGGAAGGACAUGUGGAUCCAGAAUUGGCCUACACAGUCACGGACUCACUGUUAAGGCCGUGUUCAUGGAAGGCAAUCUUACUCAACUACGAGGGAUCGCCAGAGAAGAAGAGGCUUCUGGCUGGGGUCAGGCGGGCCGAGGUGGGAUGCUGCCUGCACAAGUGCCACCUUCUUUUUGUUUCUGACUUCCUGCGUUGCUGGCAAGACCUCAGCGGAGCCCUGACUCAAAGGAAACCCAGUUCAUUUCCUCAGCUAGCAGGACAGGAAGCCUGGAGCAAACCCGCCCCCCCUUGGCCUUCAGACCUUCUCAGUGCCCCUGUGUGCCUUGGGGGGCACCUGGCUGUGCCCAGGGGGAGGGGAAGUGAGGACUUUGGCCCUAAUGGUUAGAGUGGUGUGCUCUGGUUGGCAAGAUCAGAGUUCAAAUCUUUCCUCAGCCAUUCACCUCACCCUUCAGCCCAUUUCACUCCCUUUCUCCUUAGCCUACCUCAUUGGGGGGUUGUGAGGAUAAAGUGGGGGUAAUUGGCAUCCAGGUCAGCUGCCCUGAGCUCAUGAGGAACACCUGGAUGAGGCCAGUGGUUCAUCCAGUCCAUCCUCCUGUUCUCACGGUGGCAAAACACUAAGAACCGGGGAAUCUAAAUAGACUGCCUCUGGAGCUGGAGGUUCCAUAAGAGCACAAGAAGAGCCCGGCGGCUGGAUCAGGCGCAAGGGGGGCAAAAUUAGCCCAGCACCGUUCUCCCAGUGGCUAACCAGAUUCCCCAAGGGGAAGCCCACCUUCAGCCCUCUGCCUCCACCAUGGUGGUCCAGCAACGGGGGAGGCUGCAGGGCAGAUGAAAAGCCAGGCGUUCCUCCGACUGCCCUUCAGCCAAGAGCUCUGGCUCAGAGGCUGCCAGUGUUGCUGCUGCUGCAGCAGAAAACUCCCCCUGGCAGGGAGACGUCUGAUUUUAUGCUUAGGGCGCUUUGCCUGUGACUCCAGAUCUCCUUUCUGCGGCGUGGCGUCGAACAGCUGCACCACAUCUGCUAAAAAGAGAGGUUUGGGGGCUCCGCCCUUCCUGAAAGCCAUGGCCGACCUGGGAUGUUGGUGUCCUUUUGGCUGGCAGUGGGACUGGGGGAAGGCGCUCUGCGCACAUGCUCAGAGGCACACUUGACAUUGUAUUUGCCAGGCCCAAAACCUUAACAAGCAGCUCUGGGGUAUCUGUGUCACAGCCGUGAGGGUGGCCCCAAAGGAGGCUACCCGGCCCCCUGAGAGGGAGAGCUGAUAGAGCCAGAGGAGGGACAGUCUCAGGUCUUGGCUGUUUCAGCCCCCCCCCAACCUGGGGGCGGAGGAGAGAUCAAGAGCGCUGGCCAUCGUUUUCCUUCCCUGUGUUGUUGGCCAGAGACCAUUGCGGGCAGGGACAGGCCGUCUGUCUGUCUAGCAGCCAUGGUGAUGAUGAUGAUAGCUUUCUCUCACCAGUGCUCCUUCCUGCCCCUGAACUCAGCAGGAUGUGGCCCACGUGGGCCAGGGGCCGGCCUCGUUCCAAGCAGAGCUGCUCCCAAUUAAAGGCUGUUACCAGAAGAGCAAGCGGCUCUUUCCUGCCUUAAUUGGAUCAGGAGCUCUGGAGCCAAAGGGACGGCAACUGUGGCGGCCUUGUUUUCCCCCUCGCUGACUCUCCUGGCCUCGUUUGCUGUUUGGGCAACCGCUGAGCUCUGGACGGGAGCUGCAGAGAGGCGUUGCUUCCUGUCAGGGGAGCCGCUUGUUCCUCUGGGAGGUCCACAUGAGCCCCCAAGCACCCCGAGGUCCAAAAGAACAGAAGAAGUCAUGGUGGACCUUGGAGUCUCAAAUUUCAGCAGCGUCCUGUGCAGCAACAAAAUUUGGUCUCCCUACCCACCUUUUGGUCUCCAUCCUAAAUAAUAGUUGCAGUACCCCCAUGACUCUGUGCCCCCUAAAUCCACCUCUAUAAGAAAAACCUGGCUGCUGGAUCAGGCCCUGCGGGGAACCUGCAAGCAGGAUCCAAGUGCAGGCAGGUUCUAAGCAUGCUCCUCUAAUCUUAUUAUGGGGGGGGGGCAGAUCCAGCAAGCUGUCCUUCUCAUGAGAGCCGCAUGCUGGGCUGCAGGAGUAAGAGAAGAGGGCUAUUGAUGACUCCUAGCCAGGAUGGUCAGAGGCAGCAAUGCUUCUGAAUCUCACCUGCUGGAAACCUCUUUUGCUUGAAACCCUUUGAGGCAUCUGGUUGGCCCCUGUGAGAACAGGACGCUUGGCCUGAUCCAGCAGGUUCUUCUGAUGUUCUUUUGUAACCUUGGAAGAGAUCCCAAAGGGUCGGGGAGCCCAGAGGCAGCUGAAGGAGGGGGAUCAUCCAGCAGGGCAGGUGGAGGAGACGAGGGAAGGGCUUGAGAAAAGGGGUGCUGAGACAAGAAGGGGCUAACGGGGAGUGUAAGUGGCCCCUUCUCCUUCGCAAGGAUCUGAGGGCUGGGUGGGAGCUUCAGGGGAGCUUCUGCUGAUUUUUCCACUUGCCAUCUUCUUUGGCAAUGUGCAUGUUGCAGUAGCACUGCUGUUACUGGCUUGACUGGGAAACCUGAAAGAAAAACUCUGCAAUUUAGAAAGGGGUAUUCUCUCUCUCUCUCUCUCUCUCUCUCUCUCUCUCUCUCUCUCUCUCUCUCUCUCUCUCUCUCUCACACACACACACACACACACCCUUUGAGCCCGCCUUCUUGGCCCCUGGCCUGAUCCAGAAGGCUGUUCUUAUUUCCUUAUGUUCCUGAACUCUUUAGAUCGUACUUUUCAGGCACGAAUAACUCCUAGGCAGAAACGCUCUCUGGCUUUGGCCUUGGAAGCGGCCUUGAACUUCCAUGGCUUGGCCUGCAGAGUCCUGGGAAUUGUAGUUUCCAUGAGGGUGGGGCUGCUGAGUAGUUCAGCCCCCCACCCCCCUUUGUGGCGUUUGCAGGGUGCCUGGUUGAGGUCCGGCUGCUGAAGCAGGACUUGCUGCAGGAAAUCCUUUGGUGGGGAUGUUAUCUGCCUUCCGCCCCCAACGCUGACCCACGGGAGGGGCUUCAGAGGGCCUUUCCAGGAAUACAGCCUUGGAAUGGCGCCUGAAAGUGCGUCACUUGCAGCCAAGGAGCAAAACUACGUUUUGCCUCCUCCUAUCAGACCCUUUUCUCAGGGAUUACUGACAGCCUCAGGUUUCAGGCGGGAUCUGUGUUUCCCUGCCCCAAAGUCAGGGCGACCAGAGUGACGCACUUACCUUGCAAAAUAGAGGGGCACCUGCUCUCCCCCAGGAAGGAGGGGCUUUGCCUGGAGCUGGUGAGAAUGGGGCAUCCAGACCAGGGCCCCAAAUUCUCAUCCAGGCCCAGAAUUGGAAGCCGGAUGCUGGACAGUUUCAGGAGAGAGAAAAGAAAGUCCUUCUUCACACAGUGCCUAGUGGAGACAGUGGUGGCCCCCAACUUGGAUGGCUUUAAAAGAGGAUGGGGCUCUCAAGGGCUGCUAGACACAAGGCUCUGCUCUGCCCUCCACAGCUGGAGGAGGCAAUGCUGCUGAAUUUCAGUUGCUGGGAACCGUGUUUGAAAUUAGCCAGAGGCCAGAUGCAAUUUUCACCCGGCUAUCGGCCACUUGUGACCAAGUGAAGAUGCCUGGGCGCUGUCAGGAUGGCACCUGACAUCAUCACCGUCUGGGGAUCAUUGGAUCUGGACUGUUUUCACACACUAAUACCCCCUCCUGUAGAACGCUAUCCGUUAUAUUUUAUCUGCACAAUCAGAAUGAAUUUUAGGCACCAAAAUGCUUUUUCUGUGCAGCCUGAGCAGGAGCAAUGAACGACGUUAUAGUGAAUUGUUGUUGCUUGUCUUCUCCCACUGCCCUGCUCACAGUUGGGAAGAAUAUUCUGUGAAUGGUCUGUGUCCCCAUUAAGAAAAAGGAAUCAGCCAAUAUAUAUGCAGACUACCCCUGGAUCAAGGGACUUUUCUUCUUUGAAGUUCUCAGCUCAAGGUUGUCAUUUGAACUAGCCGGAUGUUUAACUGAGAAUCACUCACUCCAUCAUUUGAAAACAAAGACUUUAGAGCUGACUUGUCCCCAAAUGGCAACUAGACAUUCGAUGUUGGCGACUGCAGCCUUGGUCCAUGAAGCCAUUGGGCACCUAGCUCGUAUAUCUGAGUGUCUGACAUUCUCUGGGAACUGCAGGAGGGGAGAGUUGCUCAGAUCCUGCUUGUGCAUUUCCAAGAGGCAUCUGACUGCCCCCCCCCCCCGAGAACAGGAUGCUGGACUUGGUGGGCCACUGGCCUGAUCCAGCAGGCUCUUCUUUGGUUCUCGUGACAGCUGAGGUUGGGGCCAGGGGUUGCCUCUGGUUUACCUCUUGCUCCAGCAGUUUUUCUGCUGCUAGAUUAGGAAAUUGGGCAUUGCUGGUUCCCAAGGUGAAGGGGCCUCUGCUCCCCCACUUCACCAUGGUUUGGCUGUAGCUCCUCCUCCUGACUGAGGCUCUUCCUUCCACCUGUGUCCAGAAUCAGAGUCCUUCUCCUGGCCUGCCCCUUGGUCCGGAGAAGGAAAGGGCAGACAUUCUUCAACCUGUGGCUGCCCAUUGUUUAAAACUUAAGCCAGGCACUUUCAGGGCAUGUGCUCAGUUUAGAAAGGGAUGACAGGGGGAGAAUGGGGGAGAGUCACAUGGGAUGCCUGUGAGCCAGUAUAGGGGCAGGCGGCCCUUUGGCCUUGUUUGUUUCUUUGUUGCACUUAGAUCCCACCUUUUCCUCAAAGGAGCUCCAAGUGGCCUGGACAGAGUUCCUCCCCUUCUCACUGUAUCCCCGCUGCAACCCUGCAAUGUAGGCUAUGCUGAGGGGGGCAGUGAUUAGCCCCAAGGACACACACAGGGAACUUCAUGGCCAUGGUGGCUGGGAUUUGAACCCUGCUCUCUUCCGGGUCCUAGUCCAAUGCUCUAACCACUACGCCACGCUUGUGAUAGAGGGGCAAAGUGGUCCCUGUGCUGAGGGUGGUCCUGCUCCAUUUGCCCCUUCUGGAUGAUUGCCUCCUCCCUGCAGUGAGGGCUGCGCUGUUCCCUGACCUAGGGUCCCAGCCCCCCCCCCAGGUCUCUCUCCUUUUCUUUUGCCCCCUCAAUAUCUUCCUUCCUCCACCCCCGCCACCCCCCAUUCUCUGUGCAACUCUGCUUACUGCCAUAUAACUGCUGGAAGAGACCCCCAAGGGCCCUGCAAUGUAGGAGCCAUGGCUAAAAAAACUCUGACCGAUGGCCAUCCAACCUCUGCUUCAAAACCUCCAGGGAAGGAAAGUCCACCACCUGGCAACAGUCCAUUCAAUUGUCAAGUGGAUCUUGCUGGUUUUGCCUUUUGCGUUCUCUCCCCCCCCCCCCCGCGCCUGCCCCCGUGUUCUUCCUUCUGUUUCUGAAAUGUGCUGAAUAAGAGAGUGAGGAAGUGCACUCCAAGAAGGAGCUUCUCUCUGUCCUGGGGGGGGGGGCAGAGGCAGGGUGGUUUCCUUCCCUGUGUGGAUGGCAGAAGCACCCCCUCCUCAGGAGGAAGGGGUGCUUGGGAGGGGCUGGCUCUUGGCUCUGCUUGGCCUCCUGCUAUCUCUUUGAGCCUUUGCUGACACCUCUGGGACCUUAGGGUGAAGGGGGGGUAAUAAAUUAACACAGCUAUUCCAGGGGGUGGAGCGUCUCCCCUAUGAGAAAAGGAGGCAGCAUUUGGGCCUUUUUAAUUUAGAGAAAAGUCAAGUCAGAGGUGGCAUGAUAGCAGUUUACAAAAUUAUGCCUGGCAUGGAGAAAGUGGAGACGGUGAAAUUUUUCUCCCUCUGUCAAACUCUCCCCCAGAAGGCAGUGAUCGCCUCCAAGCUGGAAGGCCUUAAAAGAGGAUUGGACAAAUUCCUUGAGGAAUAGAAUUGUAGAAUUGGAAGGGGCCCCAAAGUUCCUCUAGUCCAACCGCCUCUUGCAAUGCAGGAAUCUCAACUCAAGCAUCCCUGAGAGAUGGCCAUCCAACCUCUGCUAAGAAACCUCCAAGGUUGUCAGGAGAGGACUAUCACUGGCUCUGCUCUGACCUCCACAGCCAGAGGCAGCAAUGCUCCUGAAUUCCAUUUGCUGCAAACCGCAGGAGGGGAGAGUGGUUCUCUCACUCAGAUCCUGCUUGGAGAUUUCCCACAGGCAACUGCUCAGCCACUGUUAGAAUAGGAUGUUCAACUAGACGGGCCAUUAGACUGAUCCAGCAGGCUCUGCUUUUGUGGACGAAGGGCGGCAUUUAAAUGGAAUAAAUAUAAUAACGUUCUUAUGUCUGUCUGUCCCACACCUUGCCCCCAAAGUACAAGCCAGCCUGCUCAGGUGUUUUUGGAGGUGGGUUGGGGCAAAGGGUAAAGGCCCAGAGUGUGAGAAACUUUGCUCUGGUUUCAUGUUCACAGUAACAGCUUGGCUCUAGUUGCUGGUUCCUGGGCUCCUCUGCCAGCAUUGGGGAGUUAAGUGAUGUGCUUGCAUGUGUGAAGCUGGCCAGGGAGGGGGGCUCAAGGAGAUGGGGGGAAGAGACAGAAGGAAUGGCAGAGAGGUUGGCUCAAGCUUUGCACAUAAGGAAGGAAGGAAGGAGUGCAGUGCCAUUGAGAAGUAGCCUCAAGUGGGGUUUGAAAGAGUUGUGUGAAUGGGCUUCCCUCACUUUGGCUUUGAGGUGGGCCUUCUGGAAUGCCUCAGUCAUUUGCAGGAAACCUUUUCUGCAUUCCUGCAGGGGACCUUCAGAGUCAUCUAGUCUGACCCCGCAGGCUGGCUCAGGCUCCAGAGCAGGAAGGAGAGCUCCCUGGGACACUGGGCCCUGUCUCCUGGCUGCUUUGCAGCAUUCCUGGCCCAGGCCUGGCCUGCCUCUCUCUCCCCACUGCCCCUUGCUGGCCGCAACUCUGGCUUUGCUGAGCCUACAGAAUGCCUGGCAUUCUCCCACGCUCUGCCACGAUGCACGGCUGGUGACGCUGCAGCGAGGGAGGUGGGAGAGAGAGAGACCUGAACAGGCCCCUCUUUGUCUUGGGCUCGGAGUGGGAGCAGAUCUCUCUCCACUGAGUUUUGCAUUAAGAGGUUGGAGGGAGCAGAGCAGGAAAGGAGGGGGCCCCAGGGGGCCCCAGGCAGAACAUCUGCUGCUUGCACCUGAACAGUUCUGGUCAGCUCACCUCAAAGGGGAUAUUGUGGAGUUGGAAGAGGUUUAGAAAAGGGCCACCAAAGCAAUCAAGAAAGUGGGAAGAAGUGAAAGAAGCAUCAGAACAGAAGAAGAGCCUGCUGGAUCAGGCCAGUGGCCCAUCUAGUCCAGCAGCCUGUUCUCACAGUGGCCAACUAGGUUUGUGUGGAAACCAGCAAGCGGAAUCUGAGCCCCAGAGCAGCCCUCUCUCCUUCUGAAAUUUCCAUCCUGGGUGGCGCUGUGGUCUCAUCCACUGAGCCUCUUGGGCUUGCUGAACGGAAGGUCAGUGGUUUGAAUCCCCACGAUGAGGUGAGCUCCUGUUGCUGUGUCCUAGCUCCUGUCAACCUAGCAGUUCGAAAGCACACCAGUGCAAGUAGAUCAAUAGGUACCGCUGCAGUGGGAAGGUAAACGUCGUUUCCGUGCACUCCGGUUUCUGUCACGGUGUUCUGUUGUGCCAGAAGCGGUUUAGUCAUGUUGGCUACAUGACUCGGAAAGCUGUCUGUGGACAAACGCCGGCUCCCUCGGCCUGAAAGCGAGAUGAGCGCCGCAACCCCAUAGUUUCCUUUGUCUGGACUUAACCGUCCAGGGGUCCUUUACCUUUUUACCUUUACCUCCAUAGACUUUUCCUCCAUGAAUUUGUCUAAUUCUCUUUGAAAGCCACCCAAAUUCUUAUCUUAUGCUUACGAGUCCCACUUCUUCAGCCAGAAGCACACAUUGUGGGGUAUGAAUCCAGAGCACACCCUCCCCCCCCCCCCACAUUUAAUACACUGGCUGUGAGUGUGAGGACCUGCCUGGGGACUUACUCACACUAACAAUCCUUUGAACUUUCAAGGCCUAGGUCUGCCCUUUAAAUCUCCAUGUUUGAAUGUUCUUGUUCGUGCUCUGGAGUUUCCCCUGCGGAAAUCCACUCUUUACUGCUGAAUCGGAGCAAACGUCAGUCUGUGGGAAACCCAAAUUGGUUGGGUUUGCACUUCAGCUUUAAAGAGCAUUCAGAAAGGGAGAUUUGAAGUGGCAACCUGUGUCUGGACAGCACAGGGCAAAAGGCCAGUGUGGAGAAGCUCAGAGUUUGCUUUCGGCCCUGGGGCUCCUGCUGCCUUGGGUUUCUCCACGGAGAUGCCAGCCAGAGCUCCAGAGGGCAGUCGCUGAGGAGGGGGAGGUGUUUGGGAACGGCUCCAGGAAUGCUAGCGAUGCCCGUGAGGGGUUGGCCAAGACGCUGCGUCCCUUUGUCCUCUGGCCUGGGAAUGUGCGGCAUCGCGUCUUGACCUUUGGGGAACGGUGUGGCGUGGGUCCUCGGAGUCCGGGCGUGGGAAUGAAAUGCCACCCCUCCGUGGCAGCCUGGGAUUUCACCAAGGGAGGGAGCAAGUGCCGGCUGCAGUCUUCUUGGGCAGGGAAAGGAGGGCAGCAGGAAGGAACAGUGGGAGAGGAGGAGGGGGCCGUCUGUGGAAGCCUAGGGGGCCAUGCCUCCCUCUCCAGAGGUGGCUUUUUCCUCUCCAUCCCAGAGGCUGACAUCUGUGGGGUUGGUGGGCAGAAGAACCUCAGAAGAGCCUGGCUGCUGGGUCAGCAUCCUGUUCUCACUGUGGUCAAAUACCCCUAGGGACCCAGGGCUCUAGAUAGACUGCCUCUGGACUUGGAGGUUCCAUAAAAACUUAAAAAGAGCCAGGCUACUGCUUGGUGGUCCUGGAUCCUCUGCUGUUGCUUGAGGCUCAGGUGGCCUCAGUGACCCGGAGUGCCUUCCGUCGGCUUUGGCUGGUGGCCCAGCUGUGCCCCCAUCUGGACAGGGAGAGCCUAGCUACUGCUGUCUAUGCUUUGGUAACCUCCAGGUUGGAUUACUGCAAUGCCUUCUACGUAGAGCGGUUUCUGAACUUCAGCUGGCACAGAACUUGACAGCUAGGCUGCUCACUGGGACAAGACGGCUUGAGCAUAUGACACAGAUCUUGGUCCAACUGCUCUGGCUACUGAUUAAUUUCCCGGCCCAAUUCAGAGUGCUGGUUUUGACCUAUGAAGCCUUAAAUGGCUCAGGACCGCAAUACCUCAAGGAAUGCCUUUCCAUAUGAACCUACCCAAACCCUGAGAUCAUUUCCUGAGGCCCUCCUUCAUGUGCCUCCUCCUCGAGAGGUCUGGAGGGUGGCAACACUUAGAACGGGGCCUUCUCUGCAGUGGCUCCCCAUCUGUGGAAUGCUCUCCCCAGGGAGGUUCUCUUGGCGCCUUCAUUAUACACCUUUAGGCACCAAGCAAAAACAUUCCUCUUCUCCCCAGCCUUUGGCUAAUUAUCCAAUACCCUUUUAAACGUGUUGUGGGAAUGGGGUUAUUGGUUUGUGUUUGUUUUAUUAUGUAUUUUGUGUUAUCAUUUUGUAUUUUUAUGUUGUGAAUAUCCUGUGAUCUUCAGUAUACAAAUAUAAUAAAUAAUAACAAAUAAAAUAAUAACAUUUUCCCCUCCACAGCUGCACAGGGCCAGGUUCCAGAGAGCCACGUGUUCAGGACAAGGCAGCAAGCAGCUGUAAGUACCUGGGCACCUGCUCCUACUCCAUCACCACUAUUGCAGCCCCCACCCUCAAGCUGGGCUCCCCCUGUCUCAAUUCUGGGUCAGCCCCACCAGAAACCCUCUUCAAGGAAGCCUGGGAAUUGACCUCCUGCAGGUGGACCUCCUCUCUCAAAUGACGCUUCCAGUGCAGCUCUUUGGACUGCAGACACAACCCUGUGCCCAUUUUCCAGAUAGGUGGCAGGUGAAUCGAUGGCCCCGCCCCCAAGUCUGUCUACCUGCCUGCAGUACCUGGCUGCCUGUCUACUGCAUUUAUAUCCCACUUUGUUCUCCAAGGAGCUCAAGGCAACAGACGUGGUUCUCACCCUCAUUUAAUCCUCAAAACAACCCUGUGAGGUAGGCCAGGGUGAGAGGCAAUGACCGGCCCAAGGCCACCCAGUGAGCUGCAUGGCCCAAUGGGGAUUUGAACCCUGGUCCCAGUCCGACACUCCAGCCACUGCUCCAUCACUGGGUUAGGACUUGAACUCGGUCCUCCCAGGCCCAGGGUUCUCCCACUGGUCCUCUGGGCCUGGCGAUCAUCUCUCUGGACGUUUUGCAGGUCAGCACCCUCCCUGGUGGGCUCUUGCUGUUUUCCCACUCCUCCAUGACUCCUGCCGGCAGAUUUAUAGGUGGGAGUGGGUGUCUUACAAAGCCGUUUGUGUGUGUUUAAGUUGUGAUUCCUGCAUUGCAGGGGGUUGGACUAGAUGACUCUUGGGGGUCCCUUCCAACUCAACAGUUCUGUGGUUCUAAGUGUAACUCAGGUGUGUUUAUUUCGAGAAGUGGCUGUGUUGCUCUGUCGCAGUAAAAGCAGCAGAUCUGCUUAUAAUCAUAGAACUGCAGAUUGCAGGGCACCCCAAGGGUCAUCGAGCCCAACCCCCACCAGACCUCUGCUUAAAAACCCAACGAAGAAGAGUCCACUACCUUCCGAGGGAGCCUGUUCCCUAGUUGCGCCUGUGUCCCUUCAGCACCUCCCCAGCCCAGACCGAUUGUGCCCCUGUUACCACUGGCGUUGUCUACUACAGAGGCCAGCCCCCCCGGCUGCACCCCAUUCCCAGCUGGGCCUUUGGGGUCCCUGAGAGCUGGCAGAGCCACCUCCCCACCUCCUGCUUCUCUCCUGCCUUCCAGACAGCCGGCUCCAAAGGGAAUGAGCAGCCGCAGCCCCCCGCAGGCAGCCCCCCGCACCUGCCCCCCGAGGAAGCUGGUGACGCAGACCGAGCAGUAAGUCGGGAAGAGGGGGCGGGGGGGGGACAGACAAGAAGACACGUUCUGAGGGUGGAGGAGGCAGGUAGGGCUGUGCCCCCCCAAGGAGAAGGGGACAGGUCACACAUCUGAAGAUGUGGGGUAGAAGGCAGUUUGGGUGACGCCGGGUCCCUGAGCCUGUUGCCCCUCCAAGGUGUGGCCUCUGCCGCCUCUUACAUCUCCAUGCAGUGCCUAGUUAAACUAUGGAACUCCCUUCCACAGGUGGAGGCAGUGGUGGCCACCAACCUGGAUGGCAGAUUGUGCCCAUUCCUGGAGGAGAGGGCUAUCGAGGCCCCCUAGUCACGAGGGCUAUGCCAUGCAAUGUUUCUGAAUGCCCAUGUCUCGAACCUGCAGGAGGAGAGAGUGGCUCUUGUGCUCGGAUCCUGCUUGUGAUCUUCCCACUGGGGCAUCUGGUUGCCCGCUGUGAGAACAGGAUGCUGGUCUAGAUGGGCCCCAGUUGGCCUGAUCCAGCAGCCAGGCUCUUUGUAUGUUCUUCGGGAACCUCCCGGUCCAGCGGCAGUCUAUCUGGAUUCUUAGGUGAAAAGAGCAGGCUGGACUGGAUGGGUUCUUGGCCUGAUCCAGUAGCUCGUCUCAUGCUCUUAGUUUAUCUGAGAUCACCAUUAGGCGGGGCAGAGAGGGGGAAGCUGGCUCUGGACUGGCCAGCAGGGGAGGGGAGUUUAGGAGCCUUGGCUCCCUGGCUCCCAAGAAAGCCUCCGCCAACGUUUAAGCCGGAUAGUGAAAGGAGAAUUGCUGGGUGGUGUUGGGGUGUGUGUGGAUGGUUCUUCCAAGGAGGCUGGGAGGAAUAAACUCCCACUAGCGAAAUAGCUCCAUCGUCUUCCCAAAAGAAGCAGGAGCCCCUGGGAGGAAGCUGUGGCAGUUCAGCGAACUGGUCCCCGCCUGGUUUGGUGUGCUGUGUGGACACCCUCUCGGUUCCCCCCCAGGCCCAGAAGGAGAAGCUGCAUGCGGAGCUGAAGAGAGUCCUGCAGAGGAAAGGCGAGAGCCAGCGCAGCUCCGAAGAGGCCGAGGAAGAGGAGAGGGGGGAGCCCCUGGCCUCAGCCAAGAUGGAGGCGCGGCUGAGCUCCAUGGAGAAAACCAUUGAGACCUCAGAGCUGCUGGAGAUCAUCGUGGAGACAGAGGCAGAAGCCGGGGUCAGCGGGAUGAGCGUGGCCGGAGGGGGAAAGAGUGGCCUCUUCGUCAAGGACGUCCUGAAGGACUCGCCUGCUGCUCAGGCGCUGAGCCUCCGCGAAGGUGAGCCUCCCUGCUGGUGGAGGGAAAGAGCAGCCGCCUGGCGCAAAGCCAGAGUCUGGCUCCCUCCUAGCUCACUGUUGCCUGCACAGGCUGGAAGCAGUGGCCGUUUGGGGCUUCUGCUCCCAAACCUCCCUGCAUUGCAUUGAUGUCCCACCUUUUUCCUCCAAGGAGCUCAAGGGGGCCUGCAUGGUUCUUCCCUCUUCACUUAAUGCUCACAACAGCCCUGCAAUGUAGGUUAGGCCCUCCAGGUCUCAGCCAGCAAACGUCAUGGCUGAGUGGGGAGAUUGGAACUCUGAUCUCUCCUGAAUCCUGGUCCUCAUCUAAUGCCCACAACAACCACUCUGUCUGCGAGGGAGUUUCAACACUGGUCAUUCCUAGGUCCCAGUCCAAUGCUCUAACCACUGCACCACACUGCCAGUGAAGGGAGGGAGGGUGGGGGGGACUGAAGAACAGGGAUGAUUCUCUGCUCUGGCGAGGGCGCCUUGACCACCUUAAGCAACAUAAUAAUAAUUUUAUCAUUUAUACCCCUUCCAUCUGACUGGGUUGCCACAGCCCCUCCCUUGCCCUCUAUGAGAUGGGGGCAGCUUCUACAGAGAGUUUCUCUCCUUGCGCACAGCUGCUAGGAGACCUGACGGAGGGAGAGGCAAGGGAGGCAGCUGGUGCCUCUGUGCCCUGCUGGUGGACUACCCCUUCAGGACCUUGGCAGCCCUGGACGGGGCUCAGCCUUGGUACGGGUUAAGGGACGGUAAUGGUCUCUGCAUGUGAGCAGGGGCACUCUUGCCAGUUGUGUCAAUAAUUCCGGAGCCAAAGUUUGUGUUCCUGUAAAGUUGCCCCGGACAGCGUCUCUGGAGUUUCAGGCCUUGGCCCUGUUUUCUGGCCUGCCCCCUUCCUGCAGAACGAGCUAAGGGCAGCGGGAGGGAUAACACUGCAGGGCUGUGGCUCAGCUUCGACAUCUUCCCCUGUCCACCCGCCUUGUAGGCGACCAGCUCCUGAGUGCCAGAGUCUAUUUUGACAACAUCAAGUAUGAAGACGCCUUGCAGAUCCUCAAGUGUGCUGAGCCGUACAAGAUCUCCUUUUGCCUGAAACGGACCGUACCCAGCACUGACGUCUCCCGCAAGCCUGGAGCCACCACCUUUGAAGUGAGGGGCCCCAAAGCCAAGAUGGCCAAACUGGUAGGUGGUCCUAGUAUUGCUCUGUGGCGCUGGCCCAGUGACAGGGUGCACCCCCCUCUGUCUCCAGGGGUGUGAGGGUGCCUGGGGUGGCACCCAGAGGUUGACAUAGAUAUUCUAUGAACUGGUACUGAGAGGCAUCACUGCCUCCAAACAGGGAGGUUGCACUUGGCCAUCCUGGCUAGUAGCCAUUGCUAGUCCUCUCCUCCUCCGUGACUUUGUCUAAUCCAUAGGAGGCAAAUUUAAAAAUUACUUUAAAAGAGGAAUGGGCCAAUUCAUGGAGAAGGAGGAGAGGGCUGUCCGUGGCUCACAGCCACAAUGGCUCUGCCCUGUUUUUGAAUCCCAGUUGCUGAAAACCACAGGAGUUGCUCUUGUGGUCAGAUCCUGCCUGCUAGUUUUCCACAAUGGGCCUCUGGUUGGCCACUGUGUGAACAGGAUACUGGACUAGAUCUCCUCUUAUGUUCUCUUUUAAAGCCAUCCCAAUUGGGAGUGAGUUCCACAGGGCUUCAUUAACUACAAACCCCUAAAUGUGGGAUGGGAUCCAGUUUGGGGGUGCAGGGUUUUUACUGCAGAACUUUGGCACAGGUUUGGAGGAGAUCCAAAAUUUGGGGGUUCAUAGUUAAUAAUCCUGUUCCAGUUUAUGCUGCAGGGAGAAGGAACCUCUUUCCCCUGUCCUGAAUCAUCACUGGAUGUCCACGAGAGAGGGAGGGAAACGCCCGUUUCUCCUUUCUCCAUUCCACGCACCACUUUAUGUACGUGGCUCCUUUCCCUCACCUUCUCUCUGGGCGCCUCUUGCUAAGACUCACGCAGCCCUUGCACUUCUUUCCCCAGAACAUCCAGAGCCUGACAUCGCUGAAGAAAAAGAAGAAGAAGAAGAAGGCGGCGGCAGCGGCUGCAAAGGCCAAGGACCUGCAGGCAGCGUCAGGGGCGUCCUGGAGCGGGGACUUGGCUGGUGGCAAGCUGGACGUGGCUCCCGUCGACGUGGAGUUCUCUCUGCCCAAGUUCUCCAAGCUGCGCAAGGCCAAGAGUGCAGGAGAAGUGGCCGUUUCGGAGCCCAGCCCAGACAUCUCUCCUCGCCUGUCCUCCCUGGAGACCAAGCGGCGCAGGCUGAAGUUCCCCAGGCUGAAGGUUAAGGAGGCUGCGGCAGCGAGAGCCAAGGGGACCGGGGGCUGGCUGGAGGUGGGCCUGCCCAAGGCUGCGACGGAGGCGAAAGCAGCAGGCAGCCUCUCCCGCUUCAGUGCGCCCUUCGGCAAGGCCAAGAGGGCGGGGGCCAAGGCAGAAGGCGAGUUCCAGGCCCCGCAGGUGGAGCUCGACCUGCCACUGCCCAAAGCUGGGCCCGGCAGAGAGUCCCCCAAAAGCAAAGUCCAGGCCCCCCAGUUUGGACUGCCCAAGGUGGAGGCCGCCCUGCCCAAAGUCAGCGGGGUGGAGCUCACGGAAGGGGGUCUCCAGGGCGGGCUGAAGCUGCCUGCGGCCGAAGUGGCAGCCCCCAAGGUGGACGUUGACCUGUCCUUCCCUGGGCUGGAGAGAGCCGCCCCAGAGAUGACCCCUAAAGGGGAGGGCUUCAAGAUCAGGGCCCCCAAGUUUGGGGUCUCCGCUGAGGAGGCGGAGCUGAAAGCACCCAGCGUCAAGGUCCCAGCUGUCGAAGUGGCCCUGGGCAAAACGGAAGAGCGGGAGGAGAAGCUGAAGGCGGGGGUGGCCCUGCCCCCCCUGGAGGUGGGGAUCCCCUCGGUGGAGCUGGGGAUCCCCCUGCCCAAGGGGAAGGCUGAAGUGGAGCUUCCGAAGGCCAGAGCAGAGGUCCCAGAUGUCUCCGUCAAGGUGCCUUUGCUCAGCCUGCCCAAGCUGGGCUCCAGAGCCCCCCUGGAGAAAGGGGAAGAAGAAGGCAGGCUGCCCCAGGUGGAGCUCAGCAUGGGGAGGCAUGAAAGCCCCAAGGCGAAAGCCAAAGGCCCCAAGAUCCAGCUCCCAGGGUUCGGGAUUUCCUUGACGGAACGCAAGCUAGAAAGCAAAGAGGGGGCCGUGUUCCCCGAGGUGAAGGUUCCAUCUCUGGACAUUGCUCUCCCCAAAGUGGGGGAGGUGCAGCUUCCCAGGCCCAUGGUGGAGGUGGCAGCCCCCGCCGGGAGGCCGAAGUCAGGAGAGGUUGCUGAAGGGCCCGGGUUCAAGUUCCAGGUGCCCCAGGUGUCUCUCCCAAAGUUUGACCUCUCUGCCAAGGCAGACUCCCUGCCCCAGAUGCAUGCCCAGGCGCCCAGGCUGGAAGGUGAGGCCGGCGUGAAGGUCAGCGUCCCCAAGGUGGACCUCUCCUUGCCGGCAAUGCGGCUGCCGGACAUGCAGCUGCCCAAGGCCCCUGUGCCCAGGCCAGAGUUGGAUAUCUCCGUGGAGAAGCCGCGGGUGGAGGUGGCUGUCCCUGCUGCUCGCCUGAGCUGUCCGUCGGCGGCUGUGCCGGCACUGGACAUUGACUUGCCCAAAGUUGGGCUUGAACUGGAUCUGCCAAAGGUGGAGAGAGAGCUGGCGGCCUCCGAGCAGCUGCCCCGGGGCCAUGAGGUCAAGCUCAGGGUGCUCUCACCCAAGGCCAUGACCAGAGACUUGGAGGUGGAGAUCAGUGUCCCCACGUGCCAGGGGGGCCUGCCAGAGGCAGAGCCAAGGGAGAGGGUCUUGGGGGGGCCUGAUGUCAGCGGGAUGGUGGCCAAGAUCCCCAAAGUGGACCUUUCUCUGGGAAAGGCCCUGCCGGGAGAGGAAGGAACAGCAGAGAGCAGCCUGGCUGUGAAGGGCCAGUCUUUGCUGGAAGUGGAGGGGGCCAAAGUGAAGCUGCCCUCUGUCGAAAUCCCGUCCGUCAAGAUCCCAGAUGUGACACUGGAGGGCAGCAAAGCCCUGGAGGCUGAGGCCAGCAUCAAGGCGCCCAGAUUUACGCUCCCCAAGUUCAGCAUCCCUGGCCCCAAAGCCUGGAAGGCCAGCCCAGAGGCCUCAGCACCUGAGGCGGAGGGUGGCAUGGAAGCCAAGCUGAAAGUGCCAAAGUUUGGGAUUUCCUUUCCCAAAUCGAAAGCGGAUGUGGAAGGGACGGCACCCAAGGCAAGGGCAACUGCAGCCCUUGAGGCUCACGGGGGGGUGGAGCUGCCAGCGGUGGAUGUCACAGUGCCGGCGGUGGACGUGGACCUUGGCCUCCCCGCAUGGCCCGGUGAAGAGCCUUCCGGCACCCCCUUGCCCGAGGUUGGCACUGAGGUGCCCGACAUCAAGCUGAAAGUACCCAGGUUUUCGCUGCCCAAAUUCCGGGGCAAAGGCAAGGAAGGGGACCUGGCAUUUGAGAGCCAGGAGGGCAAGUUGAGAGGGAGCAGGGAGGCCCUGGCAGGAGACCUGGGCACAAAGGUGCCCGAAAAGGAGGCCAAAGGCUCCAAGUUCAAGAUGCCCUCGUUCGGCCUCAUGCGCAGGGACACAGCGGGCAUGGAAGAAGCCAAGAAAGCCCCUGGCAGCCCCAGGGAGAAGCCCAAGGGGGGCCCCUUCGCCAAGAUGCCCAAGCUGAAACUCUCCUCCCCCAAGGUGGAAGCAGACCCAGGGAAGCUGGCACAUCUCCAGGCCCCGCCCGAGCUGGAAGUGAAGGUGCCCCAGGUGGAGCUGCCCAGGAUCGGGGCCAGGGAUGAGGUGGGGCUGGCCGUGGGUGCAGAGAGCCCUACCCUCAAGGUGAAGGUGCCCUCUCUGGAGAUCUCCAUGCCCAGCAGCAGAGGUGAAGGGGAGAAGCCGGUGGUGGAUGUCUCAGAGGCCGACCUCCGCGGAUACGAGGGGGAGCUGAAGAUCCCCAGGGUGGGCAUUUCCACCCCCAAACUAGAGCUGGAAGUGAGUUUACCCACAGCCGGGGUGGAAGAGCCCAUGCUGCCAGCAGAGGCCAAGAUCAAACUGCCGCAGGUGGAGCUGCCAAGGUUUGGGAGAGCGGAGGAGGGUGGGGCAGAGGUGCAGCUGCUUGGGGGGCGCAGGCUCAGCUUCGGGGAGGAAGGUGGGGAAGGGGCGGUGGACACCUCCCUCCUGGGCACCAAGAUCCGGUUGCCCAGAGUGGACCUCUCCUUGCCCAAGGGGCGCCUGUCGGAUACGGAGCUGCCCCUGACAGCAGAGGGGGGAGAGGUGGUCCCUGAAGGGUCAGAAGCCAAGUUCCGGAUGCCUUCAGUGGGGCUGCCCAAGUUCUCUGCCCCCCGAGUGAAGGCCCCUGAGGUGGAGCUGGAUGUGGGCUCGGAAGCAGGGAAGGGGACACGCGCCAAAGCUGGGGGCCCGGUCAUCAGGCUGGCCAAAUUUGGGGGCUCCACCUCGGACAGGGAAGCGGAAGCUGAGGCGGAUUUGCCCCGAGUCCCACAGCUGGAGCUGAAGGCCCCCAAACUGAGAGGCAGCACAGAGGCGCUGAGCCCUGAGGCCAAGGAAGCCGCCCGGAUCAAGAUGCCCUCUGUGCCCAUUGGCUUUGGCCUUGCCAAGGGGGAAGGGGAGGCCCGGGGGUCCCCCGAGGAGGGCAAGUUCAAGAUCAAGCUCCCGUCCCUGGGCCUCUCCAAAGCGGGUGCAGACACCCAGCCCCUCUGCCCCCCACCUGAAGGGGCGGACUUCUCCUUCAAGAUGCCCCAGAUUGCCCUGCCAGAUGUGGGCUUCUCGGUGGACCAGGAGGGGAAGAGUGAGGCUGCCCGGCGGGAAGCAGGGAAGCUGCCAGAUCUGGAUGUGGAAGUGGGAGGGUUCGAGGCCAGGCUGAAGGCGCCCCAGAUCAAGGUGCCAGCUGUGGAGCUGCUGGGCCCCCAGGGGGAUGGCGCUCUCUCUCCAGGCCGGCGGGGCUCAGGCGGAGGCGAGUUGGAGGGGAAGAGAGCGGCCUUCCACGUGCCCGGCGUGGAGCUCUCGGCCCCCAGCCUCAAGGCGCAUGCAGAGUACCAGGUGGAGGGGGCCCAGCUCCGCCACGGCAGCUCCCAAGAGCUGAGGGGGGGCCGAAGCGGGGAGGCCCCUGAGGCGGAGGCAGGGAAGAGGUACAAGGUGAAGAUCCCCAAGUUUGGGCUGUCUCUACCCAAAGGGGGAGCAGAAGGCGGGGAAGGACCCCCUGGGCAUGAGGGGGAGGCCAAGGUCAAGAGGCCCACGUUUGGGCUGGGGCGGGCCAAGGGCAGAGGGGCGGAGGGGCUCCUAGAGGGGGAGGGGGAGGAGGCAGAUGGCAGCAAGGGGGUGAUGGCCAAGCUGAAGCUGAAGCCCCCCACCUUUGGGCUCUCCCUCUCACCCAAGGCCAAAGGAGGCGGUGCCCAAGUCAAUGGGGAGCUGGAGGACGGCUCUCCCCUGAAGAUGAAGGUGCCCAAGUUGGGCUUCUCCAAGGGCGAGGGGGGUGCCCAAGUCAAUGGGGAGCAGGCGGGGGCCUCUCUGCACAAUGGGGCCAAGCUGGGCAAGAUCCGCCUGCCACAGGUGGAGCUCUCCUCCCCGCCCAAGAUGGCAGGAGCAGACUUGGAGCUGAACCUGGAGCUGGUGCGGGCAGAGGAGGCCAAGGACGAAGCCCUGGGGGCCGGCAGGGGAGCCUUGGCGGCCCUCAAGGCGGCCAAGUUCAAGUCGCCCAAGAUCUCCUUCUCGGGCUUCAGGAAGCGCACUGGGGAGGGGGAUGCUGGGGCCGUGGUCUCCUCGGCUGCCCGGGUGGAGAUGUCUUCUCUGGAAGCGGCUGAGAUGGGCGCCAAGGGGGAGAGGUCCCCAAAGUCCGGGUUUCCCAAGGUGGCCCUGAGCCCCAAAGCUCAAGGGGGCCUGGAGGGGGGCUCCGAGCAGGGCGAGGGGAGUUUGAGGAUCAAGCUGCCCUCAGUGGGCUUCUCUGGGGAGCAUGAAGGGCAAGUCUUGGAGGGCAGAGUGGCGGGGGCCAGAGGAGAGGCAGGGGAGGCAACUGUGUGAGUGGGGCAGCUGCCUAGGGCCCUCCUGCACCCCGCCCCACUUCCUGUGUAAUGCUUAGCACUAACCGCAAGGGGGCGCCGGCCUUGGCAAAGGAGUGGGGGAAGCAAUCAGAGGCCCCCCAGUCACUGGAGGCUUCCCACCUGCUUUUGCAAGCCUACCAUGAAGGCGCCACCCUCCUCACAGCCGGGGGUGGUGGUUUCUUUUUGUAAAAAACCAAUGUGAAUAAAUCCCCCCAGUGCCACCCCCUAGCCGGUCUUCCUGUCUUCAGAGGCUUCUCUCCCUGUGCCCCCACCCUGCCCCAAUCAAAGUCCCAGCCAGCAGCUGCCCUCCAGGCCUUCCUCCGCCCAUCUUGGGGCCUCAAGGCAUGCGGGCAGAAUUUGGUGGAGGGCCAGGCUGGGCUCAGAGGUCUGCUUUCCUCUCCUUACACUGGGAAGCUUGUCUACUAACUAAUUGAAAAAGGGUUGUUAGGAAGACUAAGCCAUCUCUAUCCCCCACCCUGUUUUGAAAUAAAGCCAAUUUAAGAAUUGGGGACAAGGUGGAAGGAGAAUCUAAUGCAUCUUUGCUUGGGAGUGUCCAGCAAGGAGAUUGGAGAUGGUUGCCAGUCAAAGGGUAGUUUAAGACGCAGGAAAAAGACAGUUCCUCCCCUCUUGUGAAAGAGGGGGGGCAGCUUCACGGGAAAUUUCCAGCCGUGGCAUUGGGAGCCAGAAGAGAAAUCCUGGAAGAGGACACUCCAGGCUCAUCUAGUCCAACCCCUGCAAUUCAGGAACCCCGGUUCUUAGUCCUGCCAGCUCCCUUGAGCUGGGCAACUCAGAUGCCUGGAGCAGCACCCCGUUGGAGAGCAGCCUUGGGUCGCCUCUGGAGCUGGCUGGACCUUUUGGACGGCUGUUUCCAUCCCCCCUGCCUUCUGCUGGCAGGCCCGGUUGGGAGUUGUAGUGCAAAGCCCAUUGAGGGGGGCUGGUUCUGGAGGGCUGGCUGAAGCCAUUGUGCUGUGCCCCCCGGCCUGGCAAGGCCUCCUGGGCCAGCCCCCCUCCCCCAAUAUCGGGCCUGUGUGUUUCUGUGGCUCUUCUGAGUCUGAGAUCCUCGAGUUGAAGGGACCCCAAGGGUCAUCUAGGCCCUCCCCCUGCAAUGCAGGAAGUGCAGCUAAAAUGUUCCCUUGUGAGGUCUGGACUAGGGGGCGUUUCAGGUGGUUUUCAAGUUGGAACUAACUUUUGGCACAAAGGGGGGGGGCUCUUUUCAGUGCCAGGAUCCAGUGUGCUCUCUUGACCUGGAGCCCAAUCCCUCUUCUUCACCCCUGUAAAAUGGAGUCUUCCCCUCUUCUUCUUCUUCUUGCAGGACCCCCUUGCCUUCCUCUUUGCUCAGAGUCAGAACCAACUCUCUCUCAAGGGACCCUGGAGCCAAACUCUUCCAGAGUUUUCUCUUUCUUCUCCCACUCCUCAGCAUUUCCUUCAUGGGGGGGUGUUUCAUCAGCAGUCCCCAACUUUACUUGAAUUUGGAAGGGGUCUGAGAUAGGAACAAGGGCUAAAUUGUGACUUAUACCCACCCACCCACUGACCUUCUGCCUUAUUUUAAACAGCCAUGAAUUCAUCCCAGACCCACAAAUGUAAAGUAUCUCCUGAGUUCCCCCCAAGGAGGGGCACUUUCAGGUGUGUCAGUGAGGGAGGGGGGUGGGGGUGCAGGGACCUUGUUCAGGUGUUUACAUGCCAGGAAGGGGCAGGGCGGCAGUGGGGGGGGGGUGUCUUAGCUUCUCAAGCAAAAGGUGGGAAGGAAUACUUUCUUAUUGCUCUUGAGAUGUACAAAAAUCUGUUGUCCUAACUUUUAACAACACAGGCCUGCUGUGAUGGGCUUCCUUUUUUUCCUUGCCACUAAAAAAUUCCAUUUAACUGCCUCUUUGCCGAUUGUUAUGUUUAAUUACUUUUUUUAAGGUAAAGAUGUUACGCUGUAUCUUUGAGACACUGUACUUACUGCUGCUUUUUUCUAUUCUGGGUUUGAAUAAAAAUUAAUCUGUGGACUAACGUUAUUGCUUUUU